GGGAGAGAAGUGAACAUUUUUGAAAGAUCACUCAGCUCUAACACACCUUGGCUGGGUCUGGAUAAAAAAAAGUGGGAACUGCAAACGUCUAGAAGAAAACAUCAGGGCAAGAGAGAGGGGGAUUUAUUCAAAGUUCCCAUUCCUUCAAAAUCUCAAACGAGGUGGCUAUGGUAUGGAUGUGACCAAGAAAAGCAAGCGAGAUGGCACCGAAGUCACUGAAAGAAUUAUCACUGAAACAGUAACGACAAGACUUACAUCCUUGCCGCCAAAAGGGGGAACCACCAAUGGCUAUGCUAAAACGGGCUCUCUCAGUGGAGGGAGUCGGCUGGAGAAACAGAGCCUGACCCAUGGCAGCAGUGGCUACAUAAACUCAAGUGGAAGCACCCGAGGCCAUGCCUCCACCUCCAGUUACAGGAGGGCUCAUUCACCUGCCUCCACUCUGCCCAACUCACCAGGCUCAACAUUUGAAAGGAAAACUCACAUCACCCGCCAUGGAACAUACGAAGGGAGCUCCAGUGGCAACUCUUCUCCAGAGUAUCCUCGGAAGGAAUUUGCAUCUUCUGCAACCAGAGGACGGAGCCAAACACGAGAGAGUGAAAUACGAGUUCGACUGCAGAGCGCUUCCCCAUCUACCCGAUGGACAGAACUGGAUGAAGUUAAACGUUUGGUCAAGGGAAGCCGAUCAGCAAGCGCGAGCCCCACUCGGAAUUCCUCCAAUACACUCCCCAUCCCCAAGAAAGGCACUGUGGAGACCAAAACUGUGACAGCGAGCUCCCAAUCAGUGUCUGGCACCUACGAUGCAACCAUCCUGGAUGCCAACCUUCCCUCCCACAUGUGGUCCUCCACCUUGCCAGCAGGGUCCUCCAUGGGGGCCUAUCACAACAACAUGACAACCCAUAGUUCGUCCCUCCUCAACACCAACGCCUAUUCUACAGGAUCGGUCUUUGGGGUUCCAAACAACAUGGCAUCCUGCUCCACUGCUCUGCACCCGGGAACCAGCACCUCCUCAGUGUUUGGCAUGCAGAACAAUCUGGCCCCCAGCUCAUCUGCCCUGUCCCAUGGCAUGGCCACCACCUCCACAGCAUAUGGUAUGAAGAAAAACAUAUCCCAGAGCCCUGCCGUUGUGAGCACUGGCGUGUCCACCUCUGCCGCCUGUACCACAAGUGUCCAGAAUGAUGACCUCUUGCACAAGGACUGUAAAUUCCUGAUCCUGGAGAAAGACAAUGUGCCUGCCAAGAAGGAGAUGGAGCUGCUGAUCAUGAACAAGGACAGCGGGAAGGUCUUUACCGCCUCCCCUGCCAGCAUCGCUGCAACUUCUUUUUCAGAGGACACCCUAAAAAAGGAAAAGCAAGCUGCCUACACCGCUGACACCAAGCUAAUCUUGGAAACUAAUGGAGAUGUGAAGACGGUGACCACAAAGGGCAAGGCCGCCUCCGCAGAUAUCCACGGCUAUGACCGCCAUAACGGUGUCAGUGGCAUUAAAGGUGGCAGUGGUGGUGCUGGCGGCGGUGUUGGCGGGGGCCAGUGGGGGGCGGCGCCAGCUUGGUGCCCCUGCGGCUCCUGUUGCAGCUGGUGGAAAUGGCUGCUGGGCCUGCUGCUCACCUGGCUGCUGCUCCUGGGCCUGCUCUUCGGCCUCAUUGCUCUGGCCGAGGAGGUGAGGAAGCUGAAGGCGCGCGUGGACGAGCUGGAGAGAGACAGGAGCAGGGUGCUGCAGUACCAGGAGCAGAUGGAGAGGAGCAGCAAGGACCGGCUGCAGGGGCUGGCGCCCGAGGUGCGCGCAGGCCUGGGCGAGUCCGGGCCCGACGCCUCCAGUAAGGAGGUGCUCUGGCUGUUUGUGAGGAACAAGUUGAUGAUGGAACAAGAAAACGGCAAUCUCCGAGGAAACCCUGGCCCUAAAGGUGACAUGGGAAGUCAAGGCCCUAAAGGAGAUCGAGGUCUUCCCGGGACUCCAGGUAUCCCUGGGCUCUUGGGACAACCAGGUCCAGAAGGACCAAGGGGACAAAAGGGCAGCAUGGGAGAGCCUGGCAUGGAGGGACCUGUGGGCCAGAAAGGACAGGAAGGCCCCAGGGGACUUCGUGGUGAACCAGGGCCACCUGGGUUUGGAGAAAAAGGGGACAAAGGGCUUGCUGGUGAACCGGGCCCACCUGGUGUCCCGGGUUCUGUGGGUCCCAAAGGUGCCAGUGGUUCUCCUGGCCCACAGGGUCCCCCAGGCCCUGUAGGUCUCCAAGGGUCCCGAGGUGAAGUGGGACUCCCUGGUGUCAAAGGUGACAAAGGACCUAUGGGACCACCAGGACCUAAAGGUGACCAGGGUGAGAAAGGACCCCGAGGCCUCACAGGUCAGUCCUACAUGGAAAUCCACUUCAAUCAUUUAAAGACAUUUUGUAAAUCUAUUGGGCACUGGAGAUGGGGAAAAAAAUACAGAA